AUCACGUGUCCUCUGGGAAGCGCUUUAGUUUUGGGACGCAAGCAGCGAGUCAGAGCACGAUUACCAGUAGGCUAGUUAGUAGUCCUAGUUAGUGUACUUGAACAUAUAUCCACGGUAAAGGUUAAUCAACCGAUAGGCUACAAAAAAGUUGAACAAUGUACGUGUUUUACAUUUUGGAAAUGUGAUAAUGAGAGAGACGUAAGAGCGCGCGCUCUCUGGCAUCUACUGAAAACUUCGGAGAUCAGCACCAGAAUUGAGAGGCUGCAAAGUGUUUCUGUAUCCGUUACUGUUGUCACCACAACAAGUCAAGUCAUCCGACCGCGGGCUGUCACUGUCUGCAAGAGUUCGAGGUGACUGACCAGCUUCCGUGGGAUUUGAUGUCGCUUCUAGAUUGGUUCUGCUGAAGAUGGAAACACUGGAGUCAGAGCUCACCUGCCCAAUCUGCCUGGAGUUGUUUGAUGAUCCCCUGCUCUUACCCUGCGCCCACAGCCUGUGUUUCAACUGCGCCCAUCGCAUCCUAGUCUCCCACUGCUCGUCCAACAAACCGUUAGAGUCCAUCUCCGCCUUCCAGUGCCCCACCUGCCGUUACGUCAUCACGCUGAACCACCGCGGCCUGGAGGGCCUGAAGCGCAAUGUGACCCUGCAGAACAUCAUCCACCGUUUCCAGAAGGCCUCCGUCAGCGGACCUAACUCCCCCAGUGAGAGUCGUCGUGCCCCAGGUCUCUCCGGAGGCCACAGACCCUAUAGCAGCAGCGGAGGAGGAAGCUCCGGCAGCCACAGCGCCCGGUCCAGCCCGGCCCAGUCCUCCUCUCAUCAGCACACUGCCAUCAUGUCUCUGGAGCACCGUAUCAGCUGUCAGUUCUGUGAGCAGGACCCGCCGCGCGAGGCGGUCAAGACGUGCGUGACCUGCGAGGUGUCGUACUGUGACAGGUGUCUACGUGCCACGCACCCCAAUAAGAAGCCGUUUACCAGUCACCGGUUGGUGGAGCCGGUGCAUGACGCCCACAUGAGAGGCCUCACCUGCCUGGAGCAUGAGAAUGAGAAGGUUAAUAUGUACUGCAUCGUGGAUGACCAGCUGAUAUGUGCCCUGUGUAAGCUGGUGGGACGGCACAGAGAACAUCAAGUCUCCUCUCUCAGCGAACGCUUCGACAAACUCAAGGCUUUUCAAGUGAGUCCUGGCAGAGUAUCUGACGCAGUAAUGGAGGCAUCAAAGACAGGCGCUGUGCAAACCCUGGAGAACAACCUCACCAACCUGGUGAAGAGAAACAGUGAGCUGGAGAACCAGAUGGCCAAACUCAUCCAGAUCUGUCAGCAGGUUGAGGUGAACACAGCGAUGCACGAGGCCAAGCUAGUGGAGGAGUGUGAUGAACUUGUAGAGAUCAUACGCCAGAGGAAACAGAUCAUCGCUGUUAAGAUCAAGGAGUCCAAGGUGAUGAAGCUGCGUAAACUGGCCCAGCAGAUGGCUAACUGCAGACAGUGUCUGGAGCGCUCCAGAGCCCUCAUCACUCAGGCAGAACACAGCCUGAAGGAGAACGAUCACGCUCGCUUCCUACAGACCGCCAGGAACGUGGCUGAGAGGGUUGCCAUGGCCACGGCCUCCUCCCAGGUGCUGAUACCAGAUGUGAACCUGAACGAAGCCUUUGAUAACUUUGCCCUGGACUUUUCCAGAGAGAAGAAGAUCCUGGAGGGACUGGACUACCUGACAGCUCCCAGUCCUCCCUCCAUACGUGAUGAGCUGUGUACUGCCUCUCACGACACCAUCACUGUUCACUGGACGUCUGAGGACGAGUUCAGCGUCACCUCCUACGAACUACAGUACACCAUCUACACCGGACAGACCAACUUCAUCAGUCUCUAUAACAGUGUGGACAGUUGGAUGAUUGUCCCCAACAUCAAGCAGAACCACUACACGGUGCACGGCCUGCAGAGUGGAACACGUUAUGUCUUCUUUGUCAAGGCCAUCAACCAGGCAGGCAGCCGCAACAGCGACCCAGCCCGCCUCAAAACCAACAGUCAGCCUUUUAAGCUUGACCCAAAGACGGCCCACAAGAAGCUGCGUCUGUCCAACGACUGCCUGACCAUGGAGAAAGAUGAGAGCUCCCUGAAGAAGAGCCACACUCCAGAGCGCUUCAGCAGCACGGGGUCGUACGGAGCAGCAGGAAACGUCUUCAUCGACAGCGGCUGUCACUACUGGGAGGUGUUGCUGGGCGCCUCCACCUGGUACGCUGUGGGCGUGGCUUACAAGUCCGCCCCUAAGAACGAGUGGAGUGGUAAGAACUCCUCCUCCUGGGUGUUCUCCCGCUGUAACAACAACUUCAUGGUGCGUCACAAUGGCAAGGAGAUGCUGGUGGAGGCCAGCCACCAGCUCAGACGUCUAGGAGUCCUUCUGGACUACGACAACAACUCCCUGUCCUUCUACGACGCCAUGAACUCCCAACACCUGCACACCUUUGAGGUCAGCUUCCUGCUCCCCGUGGCACCCACCUUCAUGAUCUGGAACAAGUCAGUGAUGAUCCUGUCGGGGCUUCCGGUGCCGGACUUUGUGGACUGCCCUGAGGAACACCAGGAGGGGAUGAUGACCCUGUGUCGCCAGCAGGAGUCAUCCUACGUGUCGGGUAUGAAGGGCUGUCACUGAGACCGGGACUGGGGCUGCGACUCGGCCUGUUGUCACAGAGACGGCUGAGAUUGGGGUUGUUGUCACGGAGACCGAUGAGGGCUUUGGACUGGACUCACUGGACUGGGCUGGGUCCUCAUCCUCUGCUUCCUCCUUCCUCAUUUUCCCCCAGCUCUUCUCUUUUCUCGUCAUGGAUGGUUUCAGUUACAAUGCCUACUACUUGUCUCAGUGUGAGGAUGUGUGUUGUUGUUUAUGAUAUCUACAAAUCAUCACAGAAGCUUGACUUGCAUUAUGUGACUGCUAGUCUUGUAUUAUAAGAAACUUUAUUAAUCAUGAUUGAUUAGAGGAGAAUGUUAAUUAUUUAUGAAUAAUAAGUUGGUUUGCUUUAUAGAUUUACAUUUAUUUCCCUAGUGUGUAAAAAAAGACAGAAAAUGAAUUUGUGCAGGAUUGUUCUUCCUCCAGAAAGCAUAGUGAAUUUAUAUUGUAUAGAAAAGAGAUAUGAUUAUGAUGUUUAUGCGAUUCUUAACACAGUAAAAUUUACAAAACUGACGGAGAAAAAAGUUCACAAAGUUGAAUAUUCAGGGAGGAGACAGUUAAAACAUUAGAUUUUCUAUCGGUUUUGAUGUCAUAGCAUGAUAUGUAUUUCCUCUGUGAUUGGUUCACACUUCAUGUUUUGUUUGGUUUUGUUUCGUCGAAAAGCAUGCUGCAUUAUGGGAUCCCACUUAAACCUUCUGGUUCACAGGUUAUUCUAUAUACACUCUAUCUCCUUAACCCUUUACUGGUUCACUUCCUGGUUAUCAUGAGGCACUCCCUGACUCCUGACCAAUAGAAUCCCUCACAGUCACUACGGAGUUCCACCAGCUCCCCACACAUCCAAUCACUGGUCGAGGUUUACCUACUACAGAGAGGUGUGUUAUUAUUAUUUGUUCCUUUGUAUAAAGUCCCAAGACAAUGUAGACCUGUUAUUUUCUUAUAGAAAUCAUCCGAUUUUCAUUCAAGAAAAUCACAUAUUAACCUUCACCAGAGAUGGAGAAGAGAAGACCAUACAAAUCUAUGACAUUUUCAUCAAAAAGUUAAGCGUUACAUAAUCAUAUAUUUAUUUGGGCCUGCUUUUUAUGAGUUCGUGGUGUAGAUCAUAAAUAUGAUUUUCCUCUGAUUGAUAUUCAGGGAUUGAAUACAUAGUGGGUCUGAUCAAGACAAUCAAUAGUAUAUUAUUAUGCAGGCAGAAAAACAUAACAAGGAGUGUGUAACAGGAAAACAGAUGAACUAGCAUAACGUAAUACUUGAGAUACUAACUGUUACUUACUGAAAACAAAUGGAUGCUUUAUUUUUACAGUGAAUUAAACGUAGUAGUGAAGAUAUUGGGAACAGACAGUCUCAUACUACUGGUAACGCCGUCCUGAUGGCGGCGAUUUCAUCUCACUUCACACAUCAGUGGAUUUACGCUGCGUCCCCAAAUGGCACUCUAUUCCCAAUAUAGUGCACAACUUUUGAAAGUCAAAAAUAAUGCGCUAUGUGGGGAAUAGAGUACCCAUUCAAUCAAGCCUUAGUUUUCCAUUCCAUUUCCUGUUUUUUGUUUUUAAGUUCCUGUUUUUAAUUGAAAGCACAAGCUACCCAAUCUGGCAGAUUUAUAUUUGGCAGAGAGAGAGUUGGAGACAGAGAGACAGAUAUAUGAAUGGAUCUGUAUCUAACUGCCGGUGAGUCCUGAGUACCGUUACAGACCUAAGACGACAACGAUUCAGUCACAUGACCCGGGUCUUCUGUUUUAAAGAGCUUGCUGAGUACUGGACUCUAAUAAUCACAGGUCUUUUAAAUAACACUGCUUUGAUUAUAACAGGUGGCAACACUUCACUGUAGAUCCCUUUUAUGUAUGCAUUCAUAAAGCCUUUAUAACGGCUACAUAAGACAUAACAUCAGUUAUAUGCCGUUAUUAAGGGUAAUACAAAGGUCACAAAGCUGGAUAAAGAGGUUGUUCUCUUUUCUUUAGUCGAGCAGCAGAUUUGUGAAUGUUAACAUUUCUUGAAUUCUCAGAAAGCUGAUCAAGGUGAAGUAAACAGGUGAAAGCUGGCUGUUGAUUUCUGAGCUAAAACUGACAAGCUCAAUUUAUUUGUACAAGAAGUGCAUUUGACUUGGGGAUCACCUACCGCAUGCAUGACAAUGUGUCUCUGAUCUACUUGGUCUAUACAGUCUGUGUAUCUCAUGAAAGUUUUAUAGAAACAGAUUCAUAACAAAAUGUCUAUUUGAAAUAUACAACUUUAUUGAGACAUGUGUGUUCAUGCAUAUCAUUCAGGUAGUUUUGCUGUGCUUUGUGCUACUACUACCGGUCAAUAAACAUACUGAGAAUAA